UACUCCUGUAUUUCUCAGACCAAAGGUAAACUUGCGUCUUAAAAACGGGGAUUUAAAGGUAAACGGUCGCUGUAACAAGACCCUGUGGCUACUUUAAACCAACACGGACUCGGUUUCCUCCAUGUGAGAAGUUUACUUCUCCAGUUCGCGAGUGACCUACUUUACUUUCAAGGGGCAAGGCAUUUAAACUGUGAGUGGACGUCUUGGAGUUGUUUAGUGGCGCGUCGCACCUGCACAGGUACCAGAAACUCACCUGUGCUACAGCAGUGAGUGAGGUGCUGUCAAAGGCUGAAGCCAUGGAGUACGGUUCGGUGUCGAGGGGGACCAGGGCCAUGUUUUUCAUGCUCACACCAAAUGAAUCGUCUUUUCAGAAAGUGGAGGAAGUCCCUCAGUAUGUGCAGCAGGCUACUCCUUUCUUUGUGGGACUGAUGGUUCUGGAGCUGCUGCUGGGCCUGGUGAAGACAGGAGCCCCCGUGAUCACCAUUGGUGAUGGAAUCACCUCCCUAUCUGCUGGAAUGGUCUCCAGACUCCCACUCUUGCUGAUGAGAGGCUGUGAGCUGAGUGCGUACAUAUAUGUAUGGGACCAUUACCGCCUGGUGGAGUUACCCUGGGACUCUGCCUGGACCUGGUGGUUCACCUUCCUGGGAGUGGAUUUCUGCUACUACUGGGUCCACCGCUUUGCUCAUGAGGUUGCUGUCCUUUGGGCUGCUCACCAGGUCCAUCACAGUUCAGAGUACUACAACCUUACCACUGCCCUUAGACAAUCUGUCAGCCAGCAGUUUACCUCAUGGAUUUUCUAUUUGCCGAUGGCUCUGGCUGUACCUCCAUCCAUAUUUGCUGUUCACAUACAAUUAAACCUGCUCUACCAAUUCUGGAUCCACACCGAGCUGAUCAGAGACCUUGGACCUCUCGAGUGGAUCUUCAAUACCCCAAAACACCACAGAGUUCAUCAUGGGAGGAACCUUUAUUGCAUUGACAAGAACUAUGGUGGAAUUCUGAUCAUUUGGGACAGAUUAUUUGGUACCUUUGCUCUAGAAACAGAAAAAGUGGUGUACGGCCUGGUUUUCCCUAUCAAAAGAUUUGAAAUCCUCUAUGUGCAGUUGCACUACUACUUGUAUUUAUGGGAAAAAUCCCAGGCCUACAAAACUAUCAGCAACAAAUUGUUAACGUUCCUCAAUGGUCCAAGUUGGAAGCCUGGAAAACGUCGGUUGGGCGACCACGUCGACAAUCCAAAGGUUACCGGAAAGGAAGUGCCUCAUGAUCCCAGUUGGUCGCUGGCCUUACAAGUUUAUGUGGUCAUGCAUUUCCUGCUGGUGCUGAGGACUUACCAUGAUUUGUUCGAAAACAAGAUGAUGCUGUCCCAGUUAACUAUUCUGGGUAUGACUGGCUAUGUUCUGCUCACUCUCACAUCUCUAGGCUUCCUCAUCGACCAGAGGCCAACUUCAGCUGUCCUGGAGCUGUUUCGCUGUGCCGUCAUGGUGACAUUACAGAGGUACAACUGUGUGAAGCCCCUUGUGCCUUCGCUGGCUGUGCCUACAGAGGCCUUUGUCUCCCUCUCUCUGCUGUUCUGGGCUCUGCACAGUGUGUCUCAACUGCUCGGCAUCAAGAGGAAGGCUGACUGACUCAGUUCGAGAUGACACUAAGUGAUGGAUGGAAAACUUUUGGGAUCAUCAUUGCUGAAAUAAUUUCCAUGUUAUCGUGAUGGUUUAAAAUCAUUUUAAACACUGUGCAUGACUGUAUGUAUAUCUGAGCUCUGUUUGAUCACUUUUUAAUUUUUAUAAGCUGCUUCAAUGUUCAUCUUAUUGGUUUUUCUUGUGUAAAGCCAACACAAAGUGCUCACCAUAUGUUUUUUGUUAAAAAAGGUGAUUAAUUCUUUCUGUUCAGUGAAGUCAUCUCUCCUUUUCUUUAAAGAUUUCAAAGUGGUGCUGCAGUAACUAACUCACUGAAGUUUGAAUUACUCACAUGCUUAAUUUCUGUUAGUUCACACAAGCCAUUAUGCAAUAUGCUACAUACACCUUAUUUUGUAUGCAUUCUCAUUAAUGACUGUUAAUUUUGUUUUUGAAUUCCAGUUUUGCACAACACUGCACAGCCAUUUUCCUUUGCUCGUUUAAAUAAAGCAUCGUAAUUUUUUUUGUCUUAUCUAAGACUGUUUUAAUGACUGAAAGCUCUAACGGGUGUGCAGCUUGUCAGAUUCAACUUGGUUUUGAAACACCAGAUUAGUCAUAUGAAUUCUUCUUCCCAACCUCCAGAUCUUGUGUGGGAGUGACAAACAGUCCACAGCAGAUGGUGCUGUCAUCGCUCGUCAUUGGUUUCUUUUCAGUUGAGCAUCUUGUUCUCGAGAGACCCCUGUGUUCAGCAUUUAUGACAUUAAGACAUUUAUGAAAAGCUGAGGUUGAGCAAAGGUAAACAAGCCUUAGAUCAAAUGAAGCAAUGACCUU